AGCAAAUAUUAUAGGGACCACUAUUAUCCUCGUGAAAGUAAGAGAUAUAUUUUGAGUUUACUUAUCUAGCUAAUCAUGCUUUCGAAACACUGCAUGAUGCCCUUCAAAGUGUGAAACGAUCUCAAGAUGACAAAACUAAAAUUUUACUAUCACCGAGUGGGAGUUAUAGAAUAUGUGGCAAAAUAAUGGCUGCAGCCUAUUCUCAACUGUGUCCAGAAAAGAUAAAACGUAUAUUUAUUUUCGGAAGACAGACUAAUUUUAUGCCAUAUAAAUGUGGUCUAUCAAAUUUCGACCACCUGGAAACCCCUUUAGGCAGAAUCAUGGUCGACAGAAAUGUAAAUCAGAAACUGCUAAAAAGUGAUGAUUUCAGACUACUUGAAUCAAACAACGAUCAUAAAGAACAGUUUAUUGAAAUGCAGUUACCGUUUAUAGCAAAAAUAAUGGAAAAUCGAAAGUAUCUAUACACAGUUAUACCAGUCUAUAUUGGUGCAUUAUCGCAUGAACAACAAAGAUAUAUAGCGAAGCAUUUUUUACCCUAUCUAAAUGAUCCAUCCAAUGUAUUUAUCUUUUCUGUUAGUCUUAUUCAUUGGGGUGAAAUAUACGGCAUGAAUACAAUUCAUCCUGAGACGACUACAGUUUUAGAGACAAUUAAAAAACUCGAUGAUUUAGCCAUCACUGCAUUAUCUUCAUUACGGUUUAAAUCAUUUGAUGAAUUUCUAUUGGAUACAAAAUCAUGCGUUUAUGACUAUCAAGUGUAUAAUAUAUUCUUAUGGAUGAUGCAACAAUUUCUUGAUGAAGAUUUAUACUACCUAAGGAAUUUAGAUGAAGAGAAAGCUAAGAAAGCAAUGAGAAAGACAGCUAGUUUUUGCUUACAAGGACAAACAUGGUCAUUUCCAUCUGUAACAAAAGAUGAUAGUUGUAUAUCAUUUAUUUCAGCAAGUAUAAUAUUUGAUGAAGAAAAGUAUAUUCCAGAUGAACCUUUACCAUUGAAUCCUUUGGAUAAAUGUGUUUAA